AUUCACUCAUCUCCAACCUCUUCACAAUGACUCUUUGUUACAGAGUGUGAUUCAGAACCUAUUGACUUGAGUAUUUAAAGAUCUACAUGGACUCAUGGUUGCAUCAUUGCAUCUACGACCUCGACACCUCAAGAAACUCGACCUUGGGAUCUUCAGCACCAUCCAUCUCAGGUCAUCCAUUCACUCAGUUCACACCUUUACCAAAAUGUCGUCCACACCUCCGAAAGACGAGACAUUCUCACUCCCUGCCACAAAGCACAACCCUGUGGUAUCGGUGACAAUUCCCUCACAUCUCACACACAAGUUGAAUCAAGAAAUGAUCGAGAAUUAUCCCGCUUUCAACCUCUGGCGAUCCACCCUCAUCAACUCCCUCUCAUUGCAACAUAGUCUCCCCUCACACCCAUUCCACGCCAGACCAUAUACGCUCCGUCGUGUCGACAUCCAAAGUCUCGACGUCUUCACCAACUCCAAGAUCGGCUUCUUGAAAUUCGUUGCUUCGGUCACAAAUGACUCGGGCGAGUCUCUGUCAGGAUCAGUCUUUAUGCGAGGAGGGAGUGUGGCCAUGUUGAUCAUCCUGACACCAUCAACCAACAACACUACCACCACAGUGACUGGCGAGUCAGAAGAAUAUGCCAUUCUCACCAUUCAACCUCGCAUUGCCGCUGGAAGUCUGUCCUUUGUCGAGAUCCCCGCUGGUAUGGUGGAUGACGGUGGAACCUUUGCCGGCACCGCUGCCCGCGAAAUCAAGGAGGAAACUGGCCUCGAAAUUCACCAGGACGAGCUCCUUGACCUUACCGCUCUCGCCGCCGACAAUGACCACCCUGACCAGGAUUCUUCUGAAAUUCUCCAGUCGGCAACCUAUCCUUCACCUGGUGGUAGCGAUGAGCAUAUUCCAAUCUUCCUCGCGCGCAAGGCUCUUCCUUUGCAAGAAAUCGAAGCCCUCAAAGGCAAGCUGACUGGCUUGAGGGAUCAAGGCGAGAAGAUUACGUUGAAGAUCGUUCCCUUGCGCCGUGUGUGGCGGGAGGCGGCCAGGGAUGGCAAGACCCUGGCCGCUUUGACUUUGUACCGCGAGUUGAAGUUGGAGGGCAAAAUCUGA